AGUCGCCACAGAAUCCCUCGACCUCGAACCGGUCACUCCACUCCACUCUCUUAUUCAUUACAACCACUCUCAUUCUAUCGCUCGCUCGCGUCUCGUGCUUCUUUCUUCGCUAAACAACCCAUAAAAGAAACCCUUAUAGUAAUAAUAAACACCCACAGAUUGUAGUGUGCUUUGGAAAUUGUUAGUUCGUCUAAAUAGUGAUAUAAACAAAGUGCGCUGUGGUAGAAAAGUAGAGAAGAGAACGCGCGGAUCAUCGAAUGUGCCAUGGAUAAAUUCAAGUGAAGCGCGUAUUUUAUAGGUAUAUGAGUAAGUAGGCCGUGAUAAAAUGUCAUCGCCUACGUCGACCUUGGACGGCCUCCCCAAGCGCUUCGUCGACGCCAUGCGCACCCUCUUCGACAUAAUGGACGACAAACGGACGGGCUUCGUCCGUUUGGCCGACAUCGAGCAACGCUGGCGCGCCGACAACGCCCCCAAGGGGGUCAUCGACAGCCUCAGAAAGGUCACGCCGCCCACCGGCCGCCUCACCUUCGAACGCUUCUGCGCCGGCUUGAAGAUCAGCCUGCUGCGCAACCAAGCCGACAAGAAACCCGAGCUGGAAGCCGCCCCAGCCGCCGCCCCCGACCCGCCCCCAGCCGCCGCCGCCCCCGCCGCCUGGACCGCGCACCAACGCAGGGCGCUGUCGGCCGCCCAAUUGGGCGACGCCGCGCUCAAUUUCCCGGCGAGGGCGGCGCCGAAACCGGCGCUGUUCGGGCCGCCGAAACCGCCGCGAUCGGCGGCGGCGCUCGGGGGCAACUUGGACCGCGAGGAGAUCCGGUCGGCGUUGCAGGAUUGGCGGAAGCGCGGCAUCGGGGCCGGCAGGAGCGUCGGGGACGGGGACCAGAAGGGCGGCGCGACGAACGAGGCGGGUCAGAACAAGAAGGGCGGCGGCGGCAGGAGGCGGGAGCCGAGGAGGCACACGUUGCAGAACGGCGUGGACUACAGCAUGUUGAGGAGGAUGAAGCAGAUGGAGCAGGAGAAGGAGGUGCUGGCCGAAGGGCUGGGGGCGGUGGAAAGGGCGCGGGAGUGGUACGUGCGGCAGAUGGGGAUCGUGCAGGAGAAGAUGAGGGAUUUGGGCAGGACGGGGCAUGCGGAGCAUUGGUCGGAAGCCCAACAGGAGAGAUUAGAGCUGCGUAGAGCGAGGGUUUUAGAGGUCAAUCGACAUCUAUCGGCUCUAACCGAGAGCUGGGAGCGCGGGGGAUUGCCCUUGCACAUGAACCUCGCUGUUAAUCGAUUCCAUCCGGCUCACGAGGACCUCGCGGAUCGGCUCAAACGCCAAAACAGGCUUCUCACAGAGGAAGUGAGCAAGAAGAGCGAACGAAUUUCCCUGCUGGAACGGGAGAAAGCCAAUCUCAUCCAGGUGCUGCAGAUCCGAUCGAAGAGGCCCAACGCUCAAGAGGAAGCGGUUUUUUGAGGGAGAUCCAGAUAAUCCUCGAUAAUGUUCAGUGUUUUUGACGAGUGAAAAAAUUUUCGAGUUACCUGAUUUGUUUUUUCGACAAAAACCGGAAGGAGGAACGCAAUCUAAACGAUAUUAUAGAAAUAGAAAAGUGCCAUAAUUUUUUUUUGGAAAUUUUAAACAGUUUAUUUGGAAUCGGAAAUGUUUCUUUAUUUGAAGAUAUUUUAAUAAUCAUGUUAUUUU